UGCCCCUGCCCGUGGGCAGCUCCUCCUCCGAGGCCGCUAUAAGAAAGGGCGCCAAGUCCUGAAUAACGCAGUUUGCCGGCCGUCUCUUCCUCUUGCGGUCCUUCCUUCCUCAUAGCAGAUCAGAGAGGGCGAGCCGCAGAAACUAAUGGCGUCCAACUUCGUCGACACUACCGGCGAGGAGGGUACCUUCCGCAGCACGACCCCCACUGGAGCCGCGGCGUCCUCCCCGCGCGUGAUGCGCCGGAGCUUCUCAUCCGCGUCCUCGGGCAGCCACGGCGGCGGCGCGGGCAGGUGUGUCUGCGCGCCAGCGACGCACGCAGGAUCGUUCAAGUGUCGCUUUCACCGCACCAACUCCCAGGGCCACGGGCACCCCAACCCUUCCCCUCCGGUCUCUCCGGCCGGGGCCUCCGCCGCGUCCCCGCCGGAAUCGUCCCCCACCUCCUCGCAGUGACACACCCCACUGGACUAUCGUCAGACCAAGAAAUCAAGAAGAGAAAAGGAGAUGGAAGCAAGAACAUCGUAGUAUUAUAUCAUCAGAAGGGAGUUUAUUUUUACUAUUUCCCUUGUUGUGAUCUCCAUGCUAUUGGACUUCUUUUUCUUCUCUUUUUGAUGUGUUGGAUUGGAACUCUCUAUCUAUCUAUGAUGGCAUGCCUUCUUGCUUUGCGCCAA